AUGGCCACUGAAACAGUUACUAUUCAUAUCACAGCAGCAACCCGGAAUUCUCGAGGCGAAAACACAGAUGAGGAAAUCGACAUGGAUGAGCCUCUUUGGCUUCUACAGAUCAUGCACACUGGAGUCGCACGCACAUCUCUGUACGCAGAUCUCGCGCUUUCCCUAGCGUUCACUUGUCUCAUCAAUACGCUUGUCGGCGCGCUGGCCGUCCUGCCGUGGCACCGGGUCGUAGCUCCUCAGCACUGCUCCCAAUGGGAUGGAUUGGCUGAUGUUGUACCGCUGGGCUGGGUCGGACAGUGCCUGUGUCGUUUGGCUGAUGAGACGAUCGCCAGGAGCUGA